CCAAAAAAAAAACAACCGAAGAACACUCUGUGGCUCUAGAGAAGAGAGAGAGAGAGAGAGAGGAGCAAGCGCUCCCAAUAUCCAUUCCAAUUAGCUGCUGCCAAGGUAAAAUUAGAGCAAUGAGGAUCCCAUUCCUCCUCUCCAUCGCAAUUGCUGCCAUCGCCAUUGCUGCUCGAGGAGCUCUGGGAGAAUCCGGCAACUUCAACAUCACCGAGGAGCUGGCCACCAAUCCAAAGUACUCCGACUUCAACACCGUCCUCUCCAAAUCCGGCCUCGCCGACACCAUCAACGCCAUGAACUCCCUCACAGUCUGCGUCCUCACGAACUCCCAGAUGGCCACCCUCCGCUCCACACUCUCCCACGCCGAUUCUUCCGACCCCAAGAAGGUGGCCGCGCUCGUCCGCCCCAUGAUCCUCCUCACCUUCAUCGAUCCCACCAAUCCCAACACCGCCAGGAGCAUCCGCGGCAGCCAGCAAGUAGCGUCGCUCUACCAGGCCGCCGGAGCCGCCAGCACGGACCAAGGAAUCGCCAACCUCACCACCACUCGCAAGGGAUCUCUCCAGAUCGUCGCCGCCGGGGGUUCCAACGCCACCAUCACCAAGAGCGUCAAGCUCAUCGCCUACAACCUCAGCAUUGUCGAGGUGAGCAAUCCUCUCCUCCCUACCGGUGUUCUUGGCUCCGACCAGAACGCUCCUGUUGUCUCGGUAGUCCCGUCACCCCCGCCAGUGAAAGCUCCCGCAAAGUCGCCACCCAGUGCCGCCGAGGAUUCGUCUUCCACUCCGGACGAGAGCGACGAUCAAGCUGACAAGACACCAAUCAAAUCCGCAGCUGCUCGAGCUUCUCGGCUCGGAUUGGUGGCCUGGCCGCUGCUCCUGCUUCUUGCUGCUCGGAAACUCUAGCCUCCUUGCAAAUUAUCCAUGGAUCUUCCAGAUCUAAAAAGCUUAUACCACGCUCUUUAUCCUGGCUUUC